UUUAAUUUACUAAAGGGAUGCUUCGACGGUAUCUUUCUUGUAGCCUCACGAGCAGAUCAUAUUUUCUCUUGAUUGGUUCAACACUUCUCUCGUGUGGCCGACGGUACGUUGCAGCUUAUGUGAUGCUUACACGUAUUAUCGGUACACAAGAAAAAGGGGGAAAAUAGGCCAGCAACGAAUCGAAUAAAAAUAUUUUGCGCCGACGCACAGUAAGGGUGAAAGUGAAGAACGGUUGGCGGACCUUGCCUUACAAAUUGCAAUCAAUGGCACCGCGAGAGGGUGAGGGUGUUGCUGCCGUCGGCUAUUUAUCCCAUUCGUGGAGUCUCUACUUGACUUUGUUAUUUUUCGUUUCCGAACACGUUAUUUGAAGUAAACAUAGUAAUUAACUACUGUUUCCCCAAUGCGACAUAAUCCGGGGUGAUAUUUUUUCACAUAUCACAACGCAUGACUGCUACGUCGUGUGAUACUGCAUAUCUGUUCGAAAAGGCAUAUUUCGCUACAGUCAGCCGAAAAUACGCUACAUUUUAUACAGUAUAACACAAGAUUUCAUAUUGACAACAAUUUAUGUAAACUAAGUUCGAUGCGACAGAAAAUAAAUAUCCACGUUUUCGAGAAAUCUACGUAGCUAUUCGCCGUUUCUAUUAAAAAACCCGUCUGCCUACGAAAAAUGUACUCUAUGGGUAAUGAGUUGAGGAAUCCGUGAACGAUGGGUAGUGGCGGAGUCAGCGAAGUCCCAACAAUAUUUCAUCCCCGAAGAUCGCGUACUCCAAGCAUCGUCUUGAAUGAGGAACAACAGAACAAUGGCCCUUAUGCUAGUCCCGUGCAAGUUAUACUGGAAACAUCUUCAGGAUGCGAACAACAAGCCUGUAGCGCGAGUGGAGGAUGCAGCGAAAUUUCGAUUGCUUGUAGAUCUACAAAUGAUCCAGGUGGAGGAGGGCAAAGUCAACAGUCAUAUGCUCCAGGAAGUUCUUCAAAUUCUUUAUCAACGUGUUAUGCUUCUUGUUGUGCCGAAUCAGCAAAGAAGAUUUACUUUGGAGUGUGUGUAACGAUUUGCAUAACAGCUAGCUGGGUUGGGGCAACCCAUUGUAUGAAAUAUUUAUACUUCAAAAAACCAGAGACAGUUGUUCAAGAAGCAUCAAUACCUUCCAAUAUCUCUGGACUUCAUCAUCAGCAUCUAACUCUUUCCUACAAUGCACCAUUUUUCACGACAUGGUUCUGCACGAACUGGGCAGUCCUGUACUUCCCGGUAUACUUUCUGUGCCGAGUAGCAAGGACAAAAUGCUCAAAUCCUUCGGAGAUUGUCGCAGAAAGCCUUCGAGGUUUUCGUGACAAAGGGUUCACAGGUGGACGCUUCUUGACUCGAUGCAGUCUUUUUUGUGGUCUAUGGGUAGUGACAAAUUACAUGUACAUUCAUUCGCUAAGGAUAUUACUAGCAACAGAUGUUAUGGCUCUUUUUGCAACUAAUGUUUGCUGUGUUUACCUUCUCUCCUGGGUUAUUCUUCAUGAACAGUUUGUUGGCGUUCGGAUAGUAGCAGUCAUUUUGUGUGACACAGGAAUUGCAUUACUUGCAUAUAUGGAUGGUAUCUCAGGUAGUCCAACUCUUGGUGGUGUUGUACUUGCCGUUUCCGCUGCUGCUGGUUCUGCAGUUUACAAAGUAUUAUUUAAAAAGGUAAUAGGUGAAACCACAUUCGGUCAGGUUUCCCUUUUCUUUUCAUUGGUUGGGCUGUGCAAUGCUGCUUUACUGUGGCCAAUUUGUCUCGCUUUGUAUUUCUCGGGCGUCGAAAGUGUACAGUGGAAUCGCCUCCCUUGGCCAGCUUUACUUUCAGCCAGUAUUCUUCAUUUGGUUGCCAACAUGUUGGGGAACUUCAGCAUUGCCUUGACUUACGAUCUUUUCAUAACUUUGGGAUUAAUCACCGCUGUACCUGUGUCUGCAGCUCUCGAUGUAGUCCUUUAUGGCGCUCACUUUGUUGGCAUGAAGUUGGCAGGGAUAAUAUUGAUAGCAGUUGGAUUCUUUCUUGUGAUGUUCCCCGACAAUUGGCCGGAUUACAUCACACGAUUACUACGUACGACAAGUUCGCAGCAUCAUGGGGGUGGCAGAAGCGCGAUGAAUAGAAGCCGAAGACAAUCGAUCCAGCAACGGCAAUUCAGACGGAACUACGGGGUGUCCUCUACUCAGGGUGAUGGACAAACCCUUCUUCCACUCCCAUCCGCAAAUAGUACUAACUUGACCUAUCAUCAUAAUAUCAACACUUCUUCGUCCUCUGAACCUUCGCGCCGAGUCCCUACCUCAAUUUCAACCACUACCAACAACCACCAUCGCUCGCUCAUCGUCCCUCAAGUCCAACAAGAUGGAGCAGGAGACACAGACACGGAUUGCCAGGCGGUACAUCACGUGACGUAGUCGACUACCGAACUGGAUACAUAAAAUCACAUUUACGAUCGCCUUCCGGGAGGGUUCGGUGACCAACCUACAGGACCGUUUAUGCUUAUGAUCAGAUGACUUUCAGGGUUUCACAAGAUCCAGUUGUUAAUUAUCACACACUCGGAAUAUCAAGGUUCAUAAUGGUUUGAUCUAUUAGAGAACCACUAAACUGGUUUCAAUGAAAUAUCGUUUUUCCUAUAAAAAUGAAACCUGAUGAAAUUUCAUAACUUCAGUUUCACGGGUUUAACAUAAGUAUCCAAUAAUUAUUUGUUACGCAGUGAGUUCAGUGUUUGAAAAAUAAUCGUUUUUAUUAAGGAGAAGAAAAAAUAGUGGGGUUAAACCAAAUCACCUUCGAAAUUAAUGAAUAUGAGUAUAUAGACACUUGUUUUUCUUGGCAUACCCUUGUAUUAUAUUUGUACAAUAGAUUUUCGAAUUCUUAUGUUGAUAAAACUCUCGAUAUGAGUACAGAAAACAGCCUCACCUGUUCAAAAUAUACGUCAAUUACCAUAAGUAACGGAGCAAGCAAAGUGAUCUCAUUAGACAUUUAUGAUAUUCGUGAAAUUAUCUUG